GUUUGAGGGACGUAUCCUGAAAUAUUCCUUCCAAAUUCCCAACGACCAGCUAGUGACUGAAAAUUAUGUUAUGAUUGUCGAAGAUAACGUUGGAAAUAUUUUAAAACAUGAAAUAAAAUUAAUCGUGUAGUUGAACAGAUUUAUAAUUGGACACUAUCUCAAACACUGUCUGUCAGUGAAGAGACUUGCUUGUUGCGCUUUUAACCCUUUGAAAAAAAAUGAAUCCUGAUCCUUUCGUUUCGGUCGAAUUCGAAGUUUACGGCAAAGUGCAAGGCGUUUAUUUUACUAAAUAUUGCAAAGAAAUGUGCGAACAGCUUGGUAUCAGUGGUUGGGUGAAAAACACGAAGAAAGGGACCAUUCAAGGGAAACUUCAAGGACCAAGGGGAAGUGUGGAACAUAUGAUUAUUUGGCUGUCGAAUACAGGAUCUCCGGGUAGUAAGGUUGAACAUUGCGAUUUGAGUAACUGGCAAACUUUGGCUAAACCUGAUUUCAAGGGGUUCACAAUAAGGUUUUAAAACCGUUAAUCAUUACCAAAAUGUUACAUUCAUGAUGUGUAUUUAUUUGUAUUUUACUUUACUGUUUUAGUAUUACGUUUAGUACUUUAAUUCCAAUUUUGUAAGAAAAUUUGAGUUCACAUAAACGAUUACUAAGAAUA